AUGGCAGAGAUCGCCAGCGUCCGCCCCAGCUUCGAUGUCUCUCCAGUUGUGGCAGGCCUCAUCGGGGCCACCGUGUUGGUGGUGUCCGUCUCCAUGACCGUGUUUGUGUGGACGUGCUGCCACCAGCAAGCGGAGAAGAAGCACAAGACCCAACCGUACAAGUUCAUUCACAUGCUGAAGGGCAUCAGCAUCUAUCCGGAGACGCUGAGCAACAAGAAGAAAAUAAUACGGAUCCGGCGAGACAAGACGAGUCCCACCACAAAGGACGGAAGUGGCAACCUGCUGGUUGAUGCGGCGGAAGCUGGGUUGGUGGGGUCCGAUAAAAACUCCGGUGGGCUGAGCCCAGUCCCUUGCGUCAACCAGCUCCCCAUCAAAGUGGAUUACGGAGAAGAACUGAGUCCGGAUCAAAGCUUGACUCCGACGGGCAGCAAAACAUCCUCUCGGUCUUCCCCGGAAGACGAGGUCAUGCUAGGGACGCUGACUUUCUCUGUGGACUAUAACUUCCCAAAGAAGGCACUGGUCGUGACCAUCCAAGAAGCUCAUGGGUUGCCAGUCAUGGAUGAACACAACCAGGGCUCUGACCCCUACAUCAAGAUGACAAUCCUGCCAGACAAGAGGCACCGAGUGAAGACGCGUGUCCUUCGGAAGACCCUGGACCCGGUCUUCGAUGAGACCUUCACCUUUUAUGGGAUCCCCUACAGCCAGCUCCAGGACUUGGUGCUUCAUUUCCUGGUACUGAGUUUUGACCGCUUUUCCAGAGAUGAUGUCAUCGGAGAGGUGAUGGUGCCGCUCGCAGGGGUGGACCCCAGCACUGGAAAGGUCCACUUAACCAGGGAAAUCAUUAAAAGGAACAUACAGAAAUGCAUCAGCAGAGGGGAGCUGCAGGUGUCCUUGUCGUACCAGCCCGUCGCCCAGCGGAUGACCGUGGUCGUGCUGAAGGCGAGACACCUGCCCAAGAUGGACAUCACCGGUCUCUCAGGUAGAAAUCCCUACGUCAAGGUGAACGUGUACUACGGCAGGAAGCGCAUCGCCAAGAAGAAAACCCACGUCAAGAAGUGCACUUUGAACCCCAUGUUCAACGAGUCCUUCAUCUACGACAUCCCCGUGGACCUACUCCCCGACAUCAGCAUCGAGUUCCUGGCCAUCGACUUUGACCGCACCACGAAAAACGAGGUGGUGGGGCGGCUGAUCCUGGGGGCGCACAGCGUCACGGCGAGCGGCGUGGAACACUGGCGGGAGGUGUGUGAGAGCCCCCGGAAGCAGAUCACCAAGUGGCACAGCUUGAGCGAAUAUUAGCCGGGUAAGCAGAGGGCGCUGAGCACUGGGACGUCCCCCCCCCACCACGUACAAACAGACUUUUAACCUUCUCCCCACCCGCCCUCCCUCCCUCCCGUUUUAGUCAUAGAACUAAACAUUUCUGUAAAGAAGCAGCUACUCAGCUCUCUUUCUCUAG